AUGCCUAAAGAUUUUCAAACCAAAAAUUUUAGCUCUUUCAUUCGAAACGAAAGUUUCAAUUCGAUAGAACUUGAUAAAAUUGACGUGCCAUAUCCACUGGAUGGAAAUCUUGUCAACUUGUUAAAAAACAAUUUGAAUGAACCUUCAAAGAAACCGCCGAAUAGUUUUAUAUUAUACAGAAAGGCAUUUAAAGAGAUUUCAAAAUAUCAUGGAUUUCGUCUUAGUGCAAGCGAAAUAUCUCGACAGGCAUCAAAAAACUGGAAGGCCCUUGCUGAUCCUGUUAAACAAGAAUAUAAAAAAAUUGCUGAAAUGCUCCGUGAAAACACUGAAAAACAUGCUUUUGUGACUAAAUGGAAUAUUGUCAUGCCUUCUGAUUUGCAAAGAAAAAUAAAUAAAAAGAAAAAGCCAUCCCUGGAUAAUACAUCAGAAAAUAAUGUAUCAGAAAAUAAUGCAGCAAAUUUAUUGCAAGAGCCACCCAUGACGACUAUAUUUCCAUAUGCCGAUUUAAGUUAUAUCGAGUCAUUCGAAGAACUUUUUACAUAUACAUAUGAUUUGCCAGAAACUAUGUUAUUAAAUCAAAAUCUAAUAUAUUCUGAACCACCUAUGACGACAAUUAAUGCUCAUGAAAACUCUAUUUCCAUAUGCAAAUUUAAGUCCUAUCAAUGCAUUUGA